CAAGACAAGGACGCCGUGUAACAGUGUUGGAUCGCGGCCUCCAGACCGCAAUCCCUUUCCAUUCCGUUCACCUUCAUUUUCACGGUAAAUAAAACCAUGGAGUCAUGAGCUCGCGGCAACGAGUUUGGAUAUAGGCAUCGGUCAAUCUUCUUUUAAAACGGAUACGGGACCCUUUUUCGGAAGAACGCGUUUGGAUUGGAUUGGACUCAUUCUGAAUCGGAGAUUUGGCUAGACAGUCCAACAACAGCAAGAUGAAGCGGGUAGCUGUGGUUACCAGGCACAAUGGCCUCGUAGCUCCGCUGGGUAACAACAACUCGGGAGCGUCAAGCAUCGUCUCGCCACCACAAAGGAGAGCUUUUAAUAUUUCCACCUCUACCGACAGAUGUGCCAGCGAAGGGAAAGAAGGUUUAUUGAGUACGAACAGGACCCCCGCCAUCAAAUCGGAGCUUGUUUGCAAGUGGACAGGCCGAAUUUCCUCAAGACAGUGGUUUGGGCGGACGGCUCCGUUUGUCUGCAACCAAAGUUUUAGUUCCAUGCACGACCUAGUCGACCACGUCACCGCCGAGCACGUCGCGACAGGACUCGACACCCUCAGUCACGUCUGCAUGUGGAACGAAUGUGUACGCGAAGGGAAGGCGUUUAAAGCCAAAUACAAACUUAUCAACCAUAUCCGCGUGCACACCGGGGAGAAGCCGUUUUUAUGUGCAUUUCCGAACUGCGGCAAGAUGUUUGCACGAUCUGAGAAUCUCAAGAUCCACACUCGCACGCACACCGGUGAGAAACCAUUCCAGUGUGAGUUUUGUGAGCGUCGCUUUGCCAACAGUAGUGACCGCAAGAAACAUUCACAAGUCCACAGCUCUUCAAAACCCUAUGACUGUAAGGCUCUGGGCUGCACCAAGUCCUACACACAUCCGAGCUCUUUGCGCAAGCACAUGAAAAUCCACAUCAAAUCAUCACCUACCUCGGACCCCUACGACACAUACGACUCUGUCCAUCAACACCAACGACCUCAGCCUCUUCUUGAACCGCUUGACCUUAAGAUUAACCACAUGUCACCAUCAUUCAGCAAUAAGAACACACAUUUAGAGUGCGAUCACAGUACGUCUAACAAAAUAAACCACAAACUACAACCUUGUUCAUCUCCGUUGGCAAUGCCUUUGGACCUAUCUCUAUCUGGACUCAAGAGUCAGCUGGCCCAGCAGCAUCAGCAGAUUCAUAGGAGCCAGUUAUCAGUCAACCCGGCUGUACCUGAGUUGCCUAACAUCAAGGAAUGGUAUGUCUGUACCAGAACUACAACACCAAAUUUACCUAUUCCUCACCCAGACGACAUCAAAUCAGAACCAAGUGACGAGGAGGAUUAUGUUACGUAAUGGACUGGGAGUUUAUGAGGUUUAAGAUGAACCAAUGUGUCAAAAACCAUUCCGAGAAUUGUCCCGUAUUUUGUUUUUCUCCUAGAGAACGGAUUUGAAUUCCCCAAAACACCACAAGCUAGCCUUUUUUGUCGAAAAAAAAAUGAAAAGAUUGUUGUGAACUACACUGCUAUGCACAUUCAAAAUGUAUGAUAGACAUACUUGGAAUUUCCCUUUUGUAUUGUUUUGGAUAAUUAUUUGGGUCUUUUAUUGUGGUUAUUUUAUCUAUCAUUGUCGCAGAAUGUAUUCUAGAGAAUUAUAAAUGCCUAGACCAGGUGUCACCAACCACUUUGAAACUGAGAACUACUUUUUGUGUACUGAAUAAUUAUGAAAUAACAAAUGUUUUCAAAUAUUGUAUUCAAUAUUUUUAUGUUCUGGUGAAUUAUUCAUAAAUAAUAGUUUAUAUUAAGUAUUUAAGACAUUCAUCAUUCUCGCCAUAAUUCUAAAAAUGAUGUUAUUUGUGUAAAUCUCUGCCAGUGUUUACAUUCUACAAAUGGUCACAUCUAAAAUCCUUGAAAGUCCCAUCAUUCUUGAGUCAUUCUUUGAUCAUUGAGGGCCACCUGGAGCAAUGUUGGUGACCCCUGGCCUAGACUGUACAGAUUUGUCCAAACAUUUUGGAAAAAUUGACAUUUCCCCCCCCCCCGAUGCAUUUACUCAUCACCAUCAAUUCAUUUUAUCCACAAUCAAUCAAGAUGUAAUUGAAGUGAAGAAUUUCCGAUUCAAUUUGAGAUUUUUAUUCAAGAGAUAAAAUUGAAUUUGGAAAAUGGACAUAUAUGUAAAAUGACACUUGCUUCACAGUCAACGUGCCUGGAAUCUCGUGCCUGUGAACAUCUGGGAGCAUAGUCGGGAGAAUGAUGUGUCUGUGUGUGUUUGUGUGGUACUGGAAGCCCACUUUUGAUAAAGAGAGCAACAAUAUUUAAUGAGCGUCACAUUUGUGUGUCAUUUUACCUGUGUUGGGAAAGUUUAUUUUCUACAUUAACUAGUUCAAAUUGCAGUUCACAAAUUUUAAAAUGAACUCUUCAGUUCAUAAUUCAAAAUUCUGAACAAAAAAAAAUAACUUACGUAAAUACUUUAACGUAUUUCUCUUCUUUUUUUCUCCCCAAUAACUGCUGCAAGCUAUUAUUGACCGUAUAGUCGAUAUAGCACGACAGACAGCUAUUACUUUAUCCACUUUAACACACAAACUGUCAGAUGCAUAUUCAAUUUCAAAUCCGCCUCGAUACUGACCUGUUCGUAAAACUUGCUUAAAUGUUGGUACUGGGCUGGUGUUCUGUCAGAUUUUGCACCCCAUCAAAAAUUGCAAUUUUGCGGUUCUGCGCAUGCGCGUAACAUUACAAACGGCCACGAAUGCAGCAAUUCCAAAGUAAACACCAAAAACUUUCUAUAAAGAAAGGAGUAUGUACUUAUGUUUGGUUAUGUACGCACACAAAAAGUUUUAUUCUCACACUCAUCUUCCAAUGCGGCUGGCUGUGCUCAACUUGUCUGCACACCGCUCUCUCACCGUUAACGUCUUCCCUGUGCCAUUAAGCAUUUGUUUACGUUGUAUUCAUGUUGCACAUGUACAGUCAUGUGAAAAAAAUUAGGACACCCCAUUAAAUAUUCAGUUCUUCAUUAAGAAAUAUUCACAUAUCAAAUGUCUGAUCAUGGUUUUCUUUAUCUCAGGAAAACAAAGUGAUUUAAUUGCAGGUAAACAUAAAUCAACAUUGUUUUACUCAUUAAACCAAAUAUAUCAACAGAAAUGCAUAUUCUAACUGAGGAAAAAGUUCGGACACCCAACCACCUAAUAGCUAGUGUUACCCCCUUAACUUCAGUGAAACGCUUUUUGGAGCCAUCUACUAUUCUUUGACAUCUGUCUGUAGAAAGUUUGCCCCACUCGUCAAUGCAGAAUACUUUCAAUAGUGACUGACUAUUGAAGUGAGCGAGAACCCCAUAGUGAGAUCAAUGGAGCUAUCUGAGGCCUUCAGAAAGAAGAUUGUAGAUGCUUACGAGUCUGGUAAGGGAUUUCAAAAGAUCUAAAAAAAAAAAAAAAAAAUCAGCCAUUCCACUGUUUGGAAAAUAGUCUACAAGUGGAGGACACUCAAAACAACUGCCAACAUGCCCAGGUCUGGGGGUCCAAGCAAGUUCACCCCAAGAGCAGACCGCAAGAUGCUAAAAGAAGUCUCCAAAACCCUUAAAAUGUCAUCAUGGGACCUACAGCAGGCUCUUGCUACUGUUGAUGUGAAAGUGCAUGCCUCUAUAAUCAGGAAGAGACUUCACAAGUUUAACCUUCAUGGGAGGUGUGCAAGGAGGAAACCUUUGGUCUCCAAGAAGAACAUGAAGGUCAGACUAAAGUUUACCAGAGUGAAUGCAGACAAGACCAGGACUUCUGGAAUAAUGUUAUUGGGACAGAUGAAUCUAAAAUUGAAUUAAUUGGACACCAGAACAGAGGAUAUGUUUGGCGUGAACCCAAUACAGCAUUCCAGGUGGAAGUCUCGUCGUUUGAGAAUGCUUUGCUACAGCAAGACCAGGCCAGCUCACGAUCAUAGAAUCCACACUGUAUUCUAUCGUGUAUCAGAGGUUGCUUGAGGAACAUGUGAGAUCAUCUGUGAAAAAAUUAAAGCUGAAGCAAAACUGGACCCUGCAACAUGACAAUGACCCAAAACAUACCAGUAAAUCCACCAAGGACUGGCGGAAAAGGAAGGGAGUCCUGGAAUGGCCGAGUCAGCUCAGAUCUUAAACCCAUUGAGAUGCUGUAGGGGAGGGGUGGGCAAACCGGUCCUCGAGGGCUGCAGUGGGUCCUGGUCCUUGUUCCAACUGAUCCAGCAAAGAGCUUUUAAUUAAUGAGGUUUCAAUGAAAAAAAGAAGCACCUGACUGCAAUCAACUGAUUGUACUUAUAACACACCAGAUUGGUGAAAAGGUGUCCACUUGAUGGGUUGCAGCAAAAACCCGUACCCACAGCGACAGCGGCCCUUUGUGGAAUAGUUUGCCCACCCCUGCUGUAGGGUGAUUUGAAAGGAGAUGUACAAGCAAGAAACCUCUCAAACAUCUUACAGCUAAAAGUAUUCUGUGU